UCAAAACCGAAGAUCACAUAUAACCAACGAACUGAUCAGUAGUUAAUUCAGUAAACACACCACACCACCACUGCGCCAUGGAUCAUCAUCUCGAGCAACAAGCAGCAGAGAGCGAGAAGAAGGCGGCAGUGAAGCUGCUGGGCUUCUGGGCAAGCCCCUACGUGCUCCAGGUGAAAUGGGCGCUAGCGAUGAAGGGCGUCGAGUACGAGUACACGGAGGAGGAUCUCCGGAGCAAGAGCGCCGAGCUGCUGGCGUACAACCCCGUGCACAAGAAAGUCCCCGUGCUGGUCUACCAUGGCAGGCCCAUCGCCGAGUCGCAGGUCAUCCUCGAGUUCAUCGACGAGGCCUGGAACCACCGCGGCGACCCCAUCCUCCCUCGCGACCCCUACCAGCGCGCCAUGGCCCGUUUCCGGGCCAGGUUCCAGCAGGAAAAGGUCUCAGGACUCUCGGUCAUCUUCUGCUAUACUAGGACAUUUGACCAGACAUUGACCAUGCAUGAAUCGAAGAUUUUGAGAUGAGGCAUAUAUCUUUGCUGGUGAUUGGUGAACACCAACUGUAACGACGCAACAGGUCAUCAUCGCUGGUGAUUGGUGAACACCAACAUCAAAAACCAAACCGAGGUUCUUCAUCAGGAAUCGCAAGGUGAUAACCUUUUCUUCCGUCGUCUUCUUUCAGUAAAGUUCGACCAAACAGCAAUAUGCAUCUCCUCAUCAGCUGAUAAAACCAGCUAACGGCUUAAUAGACAUGUGCUGGCAUUGGCAUACAAUGUUCGUAGCAAAAAAAAAAAAAAGAUAAAACAAAUAAAAAUUCUCUGACGUCAAAUCUUAACCCACCAAACAAACUAUUUUCUCCUUCAUCAAAUUCUAACACUCCUAGACCCCACACAAAAUCACUACUAAUCGGCUCAGACAUGCCGGCUAGCGGGUUGUCUUUUUUUUUACAGAGAUAAACCCCGUUUUUAUAGAAAGCAAAUUGUUUGAUACAAACACACACCACACACGCACUGGGAAAACCAACGUUUACAUGCAGAGCUUAGCAUCUAAAUGAGACUGGACACAGCCAGCUAGCAACCAAACAAACUAACCGACUUAACAGCUACAAAAGCAAAGAAAAGACCAAACUCCCAG